AGAACACUCUAACUGGUUAAAGUAAUUUUACUGAAAUAGAAGAAGAGCAUUCUUCAGAUAUGGAGGAAGAUAUUAAACCUCUCCUGGUCCCAGUUGGAGGUGCUGAAGAUGAUGCUGGAGUCCUCAAUAUUCAGUUUAACCCAGAAGACAUUAAGUGCAAAAGGCCAUUCCAUGUAGAACCCACAAAUAUUGUUAACAUGAACGACGACACUCAGAGGGUUUCCGAUGAAGCUUCAGCAAUGAAUAAGCGGAUUCACUACUAUAGCAGGCUCUCUUCGCCUUCAGACAGAGCACUGGUGGCUCCUGAUCACGUAGUUCCUGAUCCUGAAGAAAUCUAUGUGUACAGUCCUUCAGGAACGGCUUUCAAAAUAGAUGGCUGUGCUGACGGUUAUGGCAAAAACUCAAGCCUGGUAACCAUUUUCAUGAUCUGGAACACAAUGAUGGGAACGUCUAUACUAAGCAUUCCCUGGGGAAUAAAACAGGCAGGAUUUACUACUGGGAUUGUUGUUAUUUUACUAAUGGGCCUCUUGACCCUUUACUGCUGCUACAGAGUUCUGAAAUCAAGGACAACAAUACCUUCAACAGAUACUUCAGCCUGGGAAUUCCCAGAUGUUUGCCAGUAUUAUUUUGGAUCCUUUGGUCAGUGGUCCAGUCUUUUGUUUUCAUUGGUGUCUCUUAUUGGUGCCAUGGUGGUUUACUGGGUGCUCAUGUCCAAUUUCCUCUUCAACACAGGAAAAUUUAUCUAUAAUUACGUCCAUCAUAUUAAUGUUACAGAUAUUGUUCCUGGUACAAAUGGGAGUAAUAAAGUAAUUUGUCCAAGUGAUACUGGUCCAGAAGUACCGGGAAACAAAACGUUGGUGUUUUUUUCUACCAGAGAAUCGGGAUUUGAGGCGUUUGAAAUAUGGUGGAGCAAGUCAAGAACUGUCCCGCUUUACCUGAUUGCCAUUCUUCUGCCUCUGUUGAAUUUUAAGUCUCCAUCUUUCUUUGCCAAGUUUAACAUCUUAGGUACUGUUUCAGUCGUCUAUCUCAUUUUCCUUGUUUCUCUGAAAGCUGCACGUUUGGGAUUUCAUUUGCAAUUCCACUGGAUUGAAGAGAGCACAUAUUUUGUGCCAGAAUUCAGGAUUCUGUUUCCUCAGCUUACAGGAGUGCUGACUCUGGCUUUCUUUAUUCAUAAUUGUGUCAUUACACUGCUUAAGAACAACAAGAACCAGGAAAAUAAUGUGAGAGACCUUUCCAUCGCAUAUUUCCUGGUGGGUUUGACAUACCUCUAUGUUGGGGUGUUAAUCUUUUCUGCUUUUCCAUCUCCGCCAUUGACCAAAGAAUGCAUAGAACAGAAUUUUUUAGACAAUUUCCCCAGUGAUGACAUAAUGUCGUUUCUUGGACGAAUAUUCCUGCUGUUCCAGAUGAUGACUGUGUACCCACUGCUUGGUUACCUGGCACGAGUUCAGCUUUUAGGACAUGUAUUUGGGAAUAUUUAUCCAAGCAUUUUCCAUGUAUUGGUUUUGAACAUUGCGAUUGUAGGCGUUGGCGUCGCCAUGGCCAUGUUUUACCCUAACAUAGGUGGAAUCAUAAGGUAUUCUGGAGCAACGUGUGGCCUGGCCUUUGUGUUCGUUUAUCCAUCCCUCAUCUAUGUUAUCUCUUUGCAUCGGGAAGGGCAACUAACGUGGUUGACACUGGCUGUUCACAUCUUGAUCAUCUUCCUUGGAGUGGCUAACCUGAUUGCACAGUUUUUAAUGUGAACGUGGAACGAGUUUUGGGUCAGUUUUUCUUUCUUGGGAGUGAUUCCGGGAGG